CCUCCCAUAUAAACACAGCUGCAGUCACUCGUAGAAAAACAUCACCUGGGAACUGAGAGCUGUGUGUCACAGAGAGCUGAGAGACGAGAGACAGCACUCAGGUAUACACACGCUCAGAUUUCUCCACAUGGCUCCUCAGAAGAAUAAACGACGCAAGUUGAACGCGGCCGGUUCUCGCUACAACCCGCAGAACUUUCAGGCUCAGGAUUUUCUCAAACUGCGUCAGAAAUGUCUGAUUAAUAAAGCGCUGUUUGUGGAUGAUAAGUUUCCUGCGGAUCGGCGCUCCAUCGGCUCGGGCCUGCUGCCAUUAAAAAAAGUGGAUAAAGUGGUGUGGAAGAGACCAUCGGAACUAGUGGAUGAUCCUUGUCUGAUUGUAGAUGGCGAGUCCAGGUUUGACUACACUCAAGGAGAUCUUGGAAAUUGCUGGUUUUUGUCUGCGAUUGGAGCGAUUACAUUCCAGAAGGACAUCAUGGAUCAAGUCGUUCCUGCUGAUCAGUCGUUUAAUAAGGAUUACGCAGGCAUUUUCCAUUUCAGGUUCCACAGAAACGGCCAGUGGGUGGAUGUUGUAAUAGACGACCAGUUACCCACUCUCAACGGACACCUGAUCUUUGUUAACUGCAAAACCAGUAAUGAGUUCUGGCCUGCGCUGCUGGAGAAAGCCUACGCCAAAGUGUGUGGCUCGUAUGCAGCAUUGAAUGGUGGGUUUAUAUCUGAUGGUCUGCACGAUUUCACCGGCGGAGCGUACAAAACAUUCAACCUGAGCAAAGCUUCUGAUAAUCUCUGGGAUUUAAUGGAACAGGCAGUGAAGCGCAGAGCUGUAAUGGGGUGUGGUACUCCUCCAGGGCCCACUCCCGCUAACACAGUGCUUCCCAACGGCAUCGUGCAGGGACACGCCUACACCGUUACUGGCGUUACCAAGGUUAAGAGUCAGGGUAAGGUGGUGAAACUGGUGAGACUGCUGAACCCGUGGGGAAAAGGAGAGUGGAAGGGAAACUGGAGUGACAACUCACCUCUGUGGAAUGAGGUGAGCAGUCAGGACCGUGAAACAUGGCUGGAGGAUAAAAACAAUGGGGAGUUUUGGAUGUCGAUGGAGGAUUUCUGCAGGAGUUAUGAUGAGCUGGAUAUCUGCACUAUUGGUGUUGACUUUCUCAUUUAACCCACUUUAUUCAGUCUAUAUUUCAGUGAAGCUUAUAACUAUGUAUAUUCUGAUAUUUUUAUUACUGACCACAGAAUAGAUUGCUGUACUGCAUUUCACUUCUGUACUUAAGUUCACUUUUCAUUUUCACCUAAUAAUUCUGCCUUUCAUUUACUACACUGAAAAAUUCUGCAUGAUAAACAGAUCAGUUAGUCUAUGAUCUACAUGAUAAUUUAAAGUCAUGCAGUAAGGCUAGAUGUGCACCGUACAGUGUGUGAGUUUCUCCCUCUGUUCCCUUCUCCAGUGCCUUGCUGUGAUUUAGGGGCGUGUGUGUUUACAACACAGGAUAUGAAUGAACCUGUCAAUUAUGAAAUUGUGGAUUUUUAAUAAAUUACCUUCUUAUUCAAGUA